AUGCGUAAUCAGUCAUUACGCAUAAUGACUAAAACUUUUAGUCAUUUCACGUACGAAGUACUGCAAUGCGGAGAUGUUGAGAAAUUGAUCAAAAGAAGAAGCAACCCUGAGCAACAACCAUUGUACUAUGUCAGCAUUGAAGAUACGUAUAAUGUUAUCAAACGCGCACAUAUUGCAACAGGCCACGGUGGUCGUGACCGAAUGGUGAAAGAGAUUGGUAAGAAAUAUGUCAACGUUACAUGCGACGCCAUAGAGCUGUUUAAAUCCUACUGUUAUGAAUGUCAAAAGAAACAUAAAUGUCCACGAACGAAAGGAGUCGUAGUUCGUCCUAUUCUUACAAACGAAUUUGCAUCUCGGGCUCAAGUUGCUCUUAUCGAUAUGCAAUCAAUGUCCCAGAAUACAUUCAAGUGGAUAUUGGUGUACCAGGAUCACCUCACUAAGUGUGUUAUUCUCAGAGCUUUGACUUCCAAGCCCGCUGCAGAAGUUGCUUAUAAUUUGUUGGAUAUUUUUCUUUUGAUAGGUACACCCUCCAUCCUACAAAGUGACAAUGGUACUGAAUUUACGGCUGAAGUAAUUACGGAAUUGAAACUUUUCUGGCCGAGGCUUGUCAUGGUACACAGUAAACCUCGUCACCCACAGAGUCAAGGCUCUGUGGAGCGUGCUAAUGGAGACAUUAAGGAUAUGUUGGUGGCUUGGAUGGGCGAUAACUACACCAAUGAAUGGUCCAUUGGCAUCACGUUUGUGCAAUUUCAAAAGAACUCGAGCUUUCAAUCUGGAAUAGGUAGGGCACCAUACACAGCAAUGUUUGGUUGUGAUGCCAAAGUGGGUUUAGCUACGUCUUCAUUACCACAAGAAAUCAUCCAGCGCAUGCAAACUGAAGAUGACUUACUCGCUGCCAUCAGCGCCGAGCAGCCUAUUGAUUUACAAAAUGAUUCUGCUGCUGUGACAAAUGACGAAGUCUUGCCUGCAGCAGCUGAUGAACAAAUACUACCUAGCGGUGUACCAAUCCCAAUUGAAGAUGACCCUGUUCUUACUGAAGAUGAACAUCCUGCAAACCUCAUCGCUUCACGCAUUGACAUGAUAGGAACUGAAAGAUCAGCUUCAAGAUCCGCUCAGCUACAACAGGCUGAGCGAAUGGUGAAACGAAGUCGUCUCGAACUAGCCGCCGGAAUGCCAGGAGAUAAUGUCGCCAUUCCAAUACCUCUUGUUGAUCGAGGGCGUGGGGAUCCUCGUAAUAUUCUAGGUGUUAUUGUAGAUAGAGAUCAAAAUGACAUGUACAAAAUUAGUGUAAAAUCUGGAAUGUUGAAAGCAAGGUUUUCACGCAAUCAGUUUGAUCUCUGUCCUCAAAAGCUGUUAAAAGAAAGUGAUGUAAAUUGUACACAGGAAGUAUCUUUACGCCAAGCUGUAACAAAAGAAUCGAAAUCUGGUGGCCAAGGUUUUGUUCGUUGCAAUUGUGCCGGGAACAGACGUUGUGAAAAAAGUAAUUCAGCUUUCACUGUAGAAAAGAAAAAGUUUUUCCAGCUACGAGCUGUAGUUGCCAGUUAG